GAGCUGGGGCAGUACCGGCUGCCCCCGGCGCUCCGCCAGGAGCCCGGCUCGGCUCAGCCCUGCCCGGCUGGGCUGAACUGAGCCCCUGCGAGCCGUGACUCAUUGGGAAAGUGAAAGUGAAGCGGGGCCACGUGUUUUCGGAGAAGGCCGGGGAGGGGCGAGCGGGCAGAAAAGCGCCGCCGCCGCCGCGUUAAAUAGAAAGCAGAGGCGAUGAGCGGGCCCAGAGUGCUGGAGGUGCCGCCCGGGGCAGCCGCGGCUCGCAGCGGAGCCGGGCAGGGGGGGCCUCGCACGGAGGAUGCUGCGGAGGCCGCCCGGGCCAGCACCGAGCCCCUGCCGCCGGGCGCGCAGCUCCUGCGUACGGUGCGCGCUUCGGCAGAAGAAUAGCUGCUGGAAAGCUGCCCUGCCGUAGCCACUGACGCUAUGGAAGACCGCAUCAGCUGGUCUAGGCUGUAGGAUGGUAGCGCACAGCAAGGUGUCAGCAGAUAAUGCAGUUGCAGCAGACCCGAGAUGUCUACUUGACCCUCCGGCACGGGAUCGUUCACAGGCUCGAGGCUACCACGGCCCAGGCCAUCCCAGCACUCUGCAGGCACAGAGCAACACGCACUUCCGAACCUUUCGCUCACAAGCAGAUUUUAGUAGCAUCACUCGAGCAAGCAGCCUGCUGGAUGCCUGUGGCUUUUACUGGGGACCUCUGACUGUCAGUGCUGCCCACGAGAAGCUGAAGUCUGAGCCUGAGGGCACCUUCCUCAUCAGGGACAGCACACAGAAGAAUUGUUUCUUUGCCAUCAGUGUUAAGACUGCAACUGGGCCCACCAGCAUCCGGAUAAACUUUCAGACUGGGCGUUUCAGCCUGGAUGGCAGCAAGGAGACUUUUGACUGUCUUUUCAAGCUGUUGGAACAUUACUUAAGCUCCCCAAGGAAGGUACUGGUUACCCCCCUGCGCAAAGUCCGUGUGCAGCCCUUGCAGGAGCUCUGUAGGAAGAGCAUCGUGAAGACAUUUGGAAGAGAGAACUUAAACCAAAUCCCUCUCAAUCCUGUUUUAAAGGACUACCUGAAAUCCUUCCCAUUUCAGAUCUAAGUACAGCAUUAACUGUAUAGGGACGUGUGAGAGAUGUGUAAAGAAAUCCAGCCUUCUGGGUUUUUAAACAUGUUUGACAGUGAGCAAACUUAUUUUUGUAGCAACUUACUGUAUUUUGGGAUGCAACUUGAACACUUGACUUAUGUUUACAAAAACUGUUUGCACAAACCUGGGGUUCUAAAACCCUGGCAUAAUUUUUCUGCCAAGCAGAGUAUUUUAUUAUUUUAUAAUAUUUUUAAUGAUAUUAAUAUAAUAAACUUUAUUGUGAAAGUUUUUAAAAAAAAAAAGAAUGGCAUCUCUGUUUUCAGUGCUAAGUACUCUGGUACCUAUCCUGUUAACAACCUCUAGCUGCUAUGUAUGUGAAUGCAGGUGACAGGCAGGUCUCCGUGGGGUCUGAUACCUUGCCUUGCUGAACAAGCAGGUAGAGCUGGUCGAGCAGAGGAUUCCUGCCCCAAAGAGCCUCAAACAGAGAUGCAAGCAGAUAGCAUGUUUAGGAUGAACUUGCCUAAAAA